GGGUAUGGGAUGGCAUAGCAUGGCAGCGUAUGGGAUGGAAUAGGGUAUGGGAUGGCAUAGCAUGGCAGGGUAUGGGAUGGCAUAGCAUGGCAGCGUAUGGGAUGGAAUAGNGUAUGGGAUGGAAUAGCAUGGCAGGGUAUGGGAUGGCACAGCAUGGCAGGGUAUGGGAUGGAAUAGGGUAUGGGAUGGCAUAGCAUGGCCGGGUAUGGGAUGGCAUAGCAUGGUAGGUUAUGGGAUGGAAUAGCAUGGCAGGGUAUGGGAUGGCAUAGCAUGGCAGGGUAUGGGAUGGCAUAGCAUGGUAGGGUAUGGGAUGGCAGGGCUGCCCUCCUUGCUGUGCCCCGCAGGAGCUGCCCGGCAGCACAGCAGGGCCAUGGUGGAGGAGCGGCUCCUGGACGCCCGCACAUCGGGGCCGUGGCUCUGCAUAGACCUCGGUUUGGCCGACUACAUGACGCCCAAGGAGACGAGCCGUCUGGCCGCGCAGAUCCGCAGGCUGUAUGGAGCUAACCGGCAGGCAGAGCAACCCUUCUGGAUCUACCUGACCGAGCUGGUGCCGGGAUCGCCCAUACACCGCGAGUGCCUCCGCAUGAACGACGGCUUCUCCGGGUACCUGAUGGAUACAACUCAAGAGAGCUACCUGGAUCUGUUCCCUUUGGAUGCAAUUGUUUACCUCACUCCUGACUCUGAGAACGUCCUUGAAGAUAUUGAUCCCAAAAAAGUGUACGUCCUCGGAGGCCUGGUGGAUGAAAGUAUACAUAAGAACCUGACCCUGCAAAGGGCACGAGAGCAGUCCUUGCAAACAGCCCGCCUCCCAAUUCGUGAGUAUAUGGUAAAAUCCAUGAACACAAAGAACUACUACUCGGAGACGCUGGCAAUUAAUCAAGUCUUUGAUGUCUUAUCGACUUACUACAAAACCCAAAGUUGGCCGGAUGCUUUGAAAGCUGGAGUUUCUUCUGGUAAAGGCUACGUGCUUCCAGAUGGAGAGGAAUCAGUGAAAACACCUCAGCGUGACAAUACACAAGAAAACUCUUUAUUUCCUGAAAGUCUUGUGCAAGCAAGAGCAGCAAACUGCAGAUUUCAAGCAGAGGCACCAGUGUGAAUGUGUGCAGAGAAAACAGCUCUGCCUAAAUCUAUUUACAGACCUUGGCAAGAGUGAUGGAUUCUGCCUCAGCAGUACAGUGGCUGGAAAUGACUUUUCACCCUGAACAGAAGCCAGCUGAGCCCUGAGAUAACAAAGAGUUGGUAGGAUUUUUUAUUUUUUUUUUAACAGGAUUACAUAGGAAAAAUUGUAGAGCACACCAGUCAAUAGCAGUCCUUCUCAUGGAAAAGGACAGUGCUGUUCUAACUGAGCACAGGAUAGGAAGCAAUCCAAAAUUAACAUAGGAAACAGUGCCCAGAUGCACCACAUUGUAUUUUCUUCAUACUGAAGACUCGGUGUCUUCACGUGAAGCCUGUAGUGAAUCCUGUGCAUGCUGGUCACAGUAUACCUAAAGUAAAGUAUUUAAAUUCU